AAGUGAGGCGGAGCCUGAAGCACGCUCCACACGAUUGGUCGGCGCCGCUGUCGUUUAGCUCUCCGAGGGAAAGGGGCUGAGUGCAGCUCACCCAGGGGUCUGUGGAGACCCGAGGUGGGUGGAAGUGGGGAAAGCGAAAGUUGCGGUCUGUAGUUGCCAUGGAGCCGGGCCCUGCCGUGUCCCCCGGGCCUUUCCGCUCCUUCAAGGAGGAACUGCUGUGCGCGGUCUGCUACGACCCGUUCCGCGAUGCCGUGACUCUGCGAUGCGGCCACAACUUCUGCCGCGAGUGCGUGACCAGCUGCUGGGAGGCUCAGGUGUCGCCUUCCUGCCCCGUGUGCAAGGACCGCGCGGCCUCCGCCGACCUGCGCACCAACCACACCCUCAACAACCUGGUGGAAAAGCUGCUGCGCGAGGAGGCCGAAGGCCCGCGCUGGAAGGGCCACCGCUUCCCACGCCUCUGCCGCCUGCACCGCGGCCAGUUCAACCUAUUCUGCAUCGAUGACAAGGAGCUACUGUGCUGCUCGUGCCAGGCCGACCCCCGGCACCAGGGACACCGCGUGCAGACAGUGAAGGACACUGCCCAGGAUUUUCGGGCCAAGUGCAGGAACAUGGAGCACUCGCUGCGGGAGAAAGCCAAGGCUUCCUUGGUCAUACAGCACUCCUACCAGGCCAUUGCCAAGCACAAUCAGGAGAAGUCUGCCUGGCUAGAAAAGCGGAUCCGGCAGGAGUUCGAUAAGCUUCGAGAGUUCUUAAGAGUGGAGGAGCAGGCCAUCCUGGAUGCUGUCGCCGAGGAGACCAGGCAGAAGCAGCUUCUGGCAGAGGAGAAGAUGAAGCAGCUCAGGGAAAACACAAAGACUCUGAUGCACGAGACCGAGCGGCUGCAGAUGGAAAUGAAGGAAGACGAUGUUUCUUUUCUCAUGAAACACAAGAGCCGAAAACGCCGCCUCUUCUGCACCAUGGAGCCAGAACCCAUACAGCCCGGCAUGCUCAUCGACAUCUGCAAGUACCUGGACUCCCUACAGUACCGCGUCUGGAGGAAGAUGGUCAUGUCUGUUGAAUCUGUGCCCUUCAGCUUUGAUCCCAACACCGCAGCAGGCUGGCUGUCCGUGUCCGAUGACCUCACCAGUGUCACCAACCACGGCUACCGAGUGCAGGUGGAGAACCCGGAGCGCUUCUCCUCAGCACCCUGCCUGCUGGGUUCACGCACCUUCUCCCAGGGCUCCCACGCCUGGGAAGUGGACCUGGGGACGCUGCCGAGCUGGCGGGUGGGCGUGGCGCGCAUGCGCCAGGAUACCGGCACGGGGGGCCACUCCCACAGCUGCUACCAGGACACUCGCUCCGGCUUCUGGUACUUGUGCCGCACGCAGGGGGUGGAGGGUGACCACUGCGUGACCUCAGACCCAACCACGUCACCACUGGUCCCCUCCAUCCCGCGCCGCCUGCGUGUGGAGCUAGAAUGUGAGGAGGGCGAGCUGUCCUUCUACGAUGCUGAGCGCCACAACCACCUCUACACCUUCCAUGCCCGCUUUGGGGAGGUGCGGCCCUACUUCUACCUGGGGGGCACACGGGGGGACGGGCCCCCCAAACCUAUGCGCAUCUGCCCCCUGCGCAUCACCAUCAAGGAGGAGCUGGAUGGCUGAGCCCGCCAGAGGCUGCCCAGGUGUAUGCCGCGGUCCUGCUUUCUUUCGGCCCCUCUUCCUAAAGCCCCUCGCUUGGGCACCAUUACCUCCCACGGUCUUGCCAGGAUCUUGCUCCUGCCUCUGAUCCCCUCCAUGGCUCCGGGCCCCACGUCUCCCUCCUCAUUCUUGGUCUUUAUCCACAGCUUGCUGGCCAGGCUCUCCCCAGAGUCGUGGCGGGAUGUGAAUUUUCUGAACCCUGACAUCCCUAUUUCUGGGGGUGAUGUUUGCCUCUAGAGUAGACCUGUUUUAAAAUUUUUAAAUGUAGGUUUUAUUAUUAUUCGGGUGUGGUGAGGCCAACAGACCAGGAGAACACUGCUGUUGAAAAGAGUGUGUUACUUAGAGUUCCCAGGAGGGGCCCUGCGAUUUGGGGAUGGGGGUGGGGGGCACACACAGGGAAGCACCAGGUCCCCUGGGAGGCAGAGCGGGUGAGGGGAGAGAGCACAGGUGGGGGACUGCUGUGGUUUUCACAGGAAGGAGCAGGUGAGGCAGGUACAGGGUGGACAGGUACAGGAUCGGAUAGUUCAGCCAGCGCCGGGAGGGGCAGCCCCGUGACUGGUGAGCUCCGCGUUUCAGUAUCGAGAAUACAGAAAACACUGGAGUACAGUUAGCGCAGGGCCGUGGCUGUGGGGCAGGACCAGGGCGUGGCUUAUCUGUCGCUUUUUACCAGUAUUUUAAAGCUGCCUCACAGAGCUUCCCUGGGGUCGCUCAAGGCAAGGCUGCCCAUCAGAUCAACUCUGAUUUAUCUCUCGACACUUUUUGGGUAAUUUCCUCUGAACAGAGGGUUUCAGAGUGCUUAAAAAAACAUAAUUUUAAAACCAUAGUUUAGACUGGUUUCCUGUCUGGUCCUCAGUUUCCUCAUCUGUAAGUGACACAGCAGGACUGGAAGGCCAUGUGCUUCUGUGGCUGCUCUGGAGGAAACCCCCCAGGCUCUGUCAUACAGGCCUGAGACAGGAGGGAAGAGGGUAUUGGCCGGGGCGGGCCAUGAGAAGCGAGGGAGAUGCGUCUUAGCCGGCCUCAGCCUGCUUGUGCUUGCUCUGCUGCCUUUUGCAUUUUUAUCCCAAUUCCUUCUCCCUCUGCCAUGCCCGCCAGACUUGGACCUCCACCUUUUUACCUCACGCACACCUCCAGGUGGUUUUUAAUGCUCAAAUCCCCGUGUCCUGGGGACGGCGUUGUAAAAGGAGAUACUUUUCUAUAGUAGCAACAUUCUCAGGGGAGGCACGUUGCAGACCAAGGAUUCAUAUCCUUUCUCCUGCCUGUACCCCCUGUUCACAAAAAUGAACAUUUUAAACAGAAAUGAUUUUUUAAAAACUAUAAAUUGGUUAUAAACAUGGUGCAUACUUUGGUAGGGGCCCGGGGAGGGACUUGGUAGGACAUGCCACUGAGUGGAGGCAACCAGGUCGGCAGUGGGAGGAUGUUGGUGAGCGGGCCCCCUGACGCACUCGGAACAGCUCAGCGCACUUUGAUACCAAACCCGCCCGCAGCCGGUGGGCACGCUCUCAAAUCAAGUACUUAUCUAGCCCUUCUAAUGUAAUUCUUACAUAGUUAUCUUGACCAGAAGUUAUUUUGUUAGUUACAAUGAACUUCUUAAAGUGUUUUAUAUUUCCACCUUAGAUGUUGGAAGAGUUUUUUUUUUUUACAGAAUAACUUGCAUAGCCUAGACCCCUUUUUACAAAAAAAUUAAAAUAUUUGGGAUAAAACCCACCUUUUUUUUUUUUUUUUACAUUUCCCUUUUAGUGUUCUCGUAAGCAAAAGUUCAUGUUGUAGCAUGUAUUCAGCUUUAUUCCUUUUUACUACUGGGUAAUAUUCUGUUGUGUGCAUAGACUAGGUCGUAUUUAUCCAUUCGGUUGGUGGGCGUGUGGAUUGUUCCCACUUUUUUGGCCAUUAUGAAAAUGCUGCUCUGAACUUAGGUGUGGACAUGUUUUCCAUUCUCUUGGGCGUAUACCUAGGAAUAGGUUGGCUGGAUUGUGUGGUGACUCUGUUUAACUGUUGGAGGGACUGCUGGUCUGUUUUCCAACAUUGCCGCCCCACUUUAUAUUCUUACCAGCCGUGUAUGAGGAUUUCACUGCGCCAGUAUCCUUGUUAACACUUGUUAUUGCAUGUCUUUCAACUUAGCUGUCCUGGUGGGGGAGGGGACUGUAAUCUCAUUGUGGUUUCAAUUUGCAUUUCCCUGAUGCCUAAUGAUACUCAGCAUCUUUUCAUGGGCCUGUUUGCCACUUGCAUGCCUUUUCAGGAGAAAUGACUCUAGAUCCUUUACCCAUUUUAAUUAGGUUAUUUGUAUUUUUAGUUAUCGAGUUGUACGAGUUCUUUAUACAUUCUAGAUACAAGUCCCGUAUCAGAUACACGAUUUACAAAAAUUUUCUGUUAGUCUGUGUGUUGUCUUUUCUCUUUCUCAACGAUGCCCUUUGAAGCACAAAAGUUUUUAAUUUUGAUGAUGUCUAGUUUGUUUACUUUUUCUCCUGCUGUUUGUAUAACCCAGAACUCUCACUUUUGACACUGCCCUUCAACCCAUAUAUUCCAAGUUGUAGAAUUUGGCUGGGGCAGGCGACAGUUGUUCCCUAGGACAGGGAGCCCUAGGCCGAGGACUGGCUCUUCCUUUCCUCGUCCACAUGGCUUGUCCCAGUUUCACUCUCCUGCUCCUUGACUACAUUCAGGCUGAAGACACAACCACCAGGCAGCCUGCCCCUCUCCAGCUUCUCCCACCUUCAGUUCAUCCCCUGUGCUGCUGCCAGAUGCAUCCACCUCAGUCUCACCUGGCACCCCAGGGGCGCCCCACCCCUACCUGCACAGGUACAUCAGUCUUCAAGGGCAGCAUUCGGCGCUCAUCUUUCUCCAUCUCUGCCUCUGGACCUAGAGUGCCCUGACUUCUGUCCCGUACAUGCCCCUGCCAGCACGGGCUUCUCCUAACCCUUGGGACCCAGCUGGCUGUUUUGAGUUAGAAUGUCCUGGCAUCUGGUUAUAUUGGCCCCACCACUUAACAUGCUCUGUCUCUGGCACACACUUGGCUUUCCUGAGUUCAUGAUCCCCACCUGUGAAAACAGGGACAAUCUCUACCUUCUAAGGUCUGAUGUAGCGUGCCUGUACAGUGCUGUCCCACGUGAGCACACUUGACAAUGGCAGCCAUUGGAAGCAAGUAAAGAGAUCACAUAGGUUUCUCUUGUUGACCUCCCUGGCUCCUUGUCACUCCUGCUUCAGCCACGAGGUAUUUUGGAGGAAGAAUGAAAUGUGCUGUGGCCACCUCCUUCCAUGCUUCCUCCUGCUUGUGCAGGAUGAAAUUUCUCUCAACAGAGUUUGUCUGUUGAUCAGAAUAGUAGAAGGCUCUCAUGACCCAGGACCUUCCACAUGGAGUAACCAUGCCAUCCUAGAAUUUUCCCGUCUCCUUAGAGUGACAUUCAAGAGCCUUCCCUGCAGCUUCUACCCACCUCGCCACCAUUCCCUGCACAGAUUCUGCCCAGCCUUGCAGAGCCUGAAGCACCUGCGCGUCCUUGGGAGCCACCUCUUGUGGCUUCUGCCUGCAGGCCUGUUGCCCUCCCUAACUUGCCUUCAGUCGGCCUGGAGUCGGGUGGCACCUUCUGCGGCCCACCCUGGGCUCCCUUGGCUGCCACUGCACACUCGUUCGUUCUGCUGGAAGGGCGCUUGGGUAGUGGUGGAGCUGCCUUGGCUGUCCUCUCUGCAUGGAGACUUGAGGGCAGGAAGCAUAUUGUCUUCACCUCCCCACUGCUGGAUCAGGUACACUGCCUGGCCUGACAAGUGGUGAGUGAGUGUGUGUGCUGGGGGUCAGGAAGCUGUCCCUGACAAUCCCACAGGACUGGCAGCAUCAGAACCUGAAAUCCGGAUUCUUGGCCCCAAAUACCAACUGUAUUAUUUACAAGCUGCCUAUACUUUUUGAACCUCUGCUCUCUCAUCUAAACUGAGGAUUAUGAUUUCUACCUCAGGCUGUUGGGGGAUUAAAAUGAGGUAAUUUUUUGGUGCAAAUGCCAUGUACCUAAACAUAGACUUUCUACGUGUUGGCUAAUUCUUGGGAAAGUGGGAGGUUCUGAAUGUCGAUGUUAUGAUUCACAUUAAUGAAGAAUCCCAAAAGCAAUUGAGAAAUCUGAGUUAACUGUAUUGGAAGUACCCAGAUUUCUUGAGAUUUUUAACAAGGAUGUGUACAUGAAAAUUAUGUUUAUGAAAAAUUUCAAUGACAUGGGAACAUGGUUAUGUUGUAAUCGAGAAAAAUAGGGUUCAGAGUUAUGUGUACAGACCAGCAACACACACAAAAAGACAAGCAAGAUCCUGUCUCGGAUUUUUGUGUAUUGUUUGAUUAGAUAAUCUAUUCACAUGGCAGUCAAUUCCAAAGGUACAGAAAGUACUAGAACAGUCUCUCCCACUUUU